UUGAAGUUCUAAAUUUCUUGCUGUUUCUGAUUUACCAUUCUAAAAGGUUGAGGCAUUCUAGGGAAUCAGUAUAAAAGCACGGCCCUUGCUCUCAAGGGCCUUUAAAUCUAUCAGUCCUGUCUUUUAGAAAUAAAUUAUGCACAGCAAAUUGAGGGAAGCUUUAAGGAAGUAUAGAAAAGGCCGGGGUUAGUAUGCUGAACGUAGCGUGUGGAGAGGAGAAGAGUAGGCCAGGCAUGCGUGGGGGAGAGCGCAGGCCCUGGUAUAGGAGAGGAGCGGGCUGGUUUGGCUGGAGGGGCUGCGCGUGAGAGAUGGUUAGGGCCACACUGGGAAGCACCUGUUCUGCAGGAGAUGAAAAAUGUGGUCCCACAGCAAACUGACAGUGUCCGUGCUUAAUUUUUAAGGUACAAAUCUUGUACUGUAUGUCAUUGACGCCUCACGGUAAGGCGAGCAGUGUACUGUAUCUAUUUUACAGAUGAGAAACUGGGGGCUCAGUAAGAUUAAGGGCAAAACAUCAGAAGCCGGAGCUUGACUCACACUCGGUCUGUCGGAUUCUAGAGCCUAUCCUGCUUCUGCGGUGAUGCUGCGUCACUUCUCUCGUCAGGUUUCCUACUUAUAAAAGACAAUGACUACUGAUGAAGCUGCCAAGAACAGUGGAGAAAGCCCAGCAGCCACUGUUGCUGAACAGGGAGAGGAUGUCACCCCCAAAAAAGACAGAGGGGUAUUAAAGAUUGUCAAAAGAGUGGGGAAUAGUGAGGAAAAACCAAUGAUUGGUGACAGAGUUUACGUCCAUUACAAAGGAAAAUUGUCAAAUGGAAAGAAGUUUGAUUCCAGCCACGAUAGAAAUGAACCAUUUGUUUUUAGUCUUGGCAAAGGCCAAGUUAUCAAGGCGUGGGACAUUGGAGUGGCCACCAUGAAGAAAGGGGAGAUCUGCCAUUUGCUCUGCAAACCAGAAUAUGCAUAUGGCAUGGCUGGCAGCCUCCCUAAAAUUCCUGCUAACGCAACUCUGUUUUUCGAGAUUGAGCUCCUCGAUUUCAAAGGAGAGGAUUUAUUUGAAGAUGCAGGUAUCAUCCGGAGAAUCAAACGAAAAGGAGAGGGAUACUCCAACCCAAAUGAGGGAGCAACAGUAAACAUCCACCUGGAAGGCCGCUGUGGCAGGAGGUUGUUCGAUUGCAGAGAUGUGGUAUUCGUUGUUGGUGAAGGAGAAGACCAUGACAUUCCCAUUGGAAUUGACAAAGCCCUGGAGAAAAUGCAGCGGGAAGAACAAUGUGUUUUACAUCUUGGACCACGAUAUGGUUUUGGAGAGGCAGGGAAGCCUAAAUUUGGCAUUGAACCUAAUGCUGAGCUUAUAUAUGAAGUUACACUUAAGAGCUUCGAAAAGGCCAAAGAAUCCUGGGAGAUGGACACCAAAGAAAAACUGGAGCAGGCUGCCAUUGUCAAAGAAAAGGGAACUGUGUACUUCAAGAUCUUAAAUCUCCAGAUGCAAGAAAAUAAAAACCACACUUCGCUCGGUUCUAAUUGGAGUGCUCUUCCCGGUGCUCGCCUGCCCCCAAGACUGCAUCUUCUGCACAGCAAGCAGGAAGGGCUUGACGGAGGCAAGUACAUGCAGGCGGUGAUUCAGUACGGGAAGAUAGUAUCCUGGCUAGAGAUGGAGUACGGUCUGUCAGAGAAGGAGCUGAAAGCAUCUGAAUCCUUUCUGCUUGCUGCUUUUCUGAACCUGGCCAUGUGCUACCUGAAGCUCAGAGAAUAUGCCAAAGCUGUGGAAUGCUGUGACAAGGCCCUCGGACUGGACAGUGCCAACGAGAAAGGCUUGUACAGGAGGGGCGAAGCCCAGCUGCUCAUGAAUGAGUUCGAGUCAGCCAAGGGAGACUUCGAGAAAGUGUUGGAAAUCAAUCCCCAGAAUAAGGCCGCCAGACUGCAGAUCUCCGUGUGCCAGAAGAAGGCGAAGGAGCACAAUGAGCGGGACCGAAGGAUCUACGCCAACAUGUUCGAGAAGUUUGCGGAGCAGGAUGCAAAGGAAGAGGCCAGUAAAGCAUUGAGCAAGAAGACUUUAGAGGGAGCCAGCAGUGAAAAGGGGACAGAAAGUAAAACAAUGGAGGAAGGGAAACCUGAAGGCCACCUAUGAUGCCACGCCAAGGAGGGAAGAGAUUCCAAAGAACUCAGCCCCUCCACCUUGGGCGCUCACCCAACUCAGGACUAAACAGUGUUUAGUGUAACGUUUGUUAUAGUCUGUGUGAUUCUGGAAGCAAACAGCACAACCAGUAGCUUCCCAAAAACACCCACCCUGCUGCUGCCCUGUGGAUUCACUGAGGGCUGGCGUGGGACCACUCCAGGUGGGGCGACAGCAAGGCUGUGGGCGCAGAUAGUGCCAGCGGCCUCGGUCCAGCUCAUUUCAGUUUGUCAGCUCUCAGUAUCCACUGCGGGACCUCUUGAGGUGAUGCUAACAAUUCGGCGUGGAUAGAUUUUACAUUUGAACUUUUUUUUUUUUUUGGUAACAGGGAUCGAACUCGACCUUGUGCUUGCAAGGCAGGCAGUGGUGCCACUGAGCUAAAUCCUGGGCCCUACGUUUGAACUUUAAUAGCACUGCAGAAAACUUUAAAAAAAAAACACGUAAAGAAAUUCUCCUCUCCUAAGGGCAGGAGGGUGAGGGUGACUGAAGUGCUGUGAAAGCAGCUGGUUGCAUCUUCACCAACAGAACCGCAGCAGAGGGGCCAGGGGUCCCUUCAGUCCCACACAGUGUCACAGACUCAAAGCCAGAGCCUCGGAGGCCACUCGCUUGCUGAUUGGCUGCUUCCCAGCCCCUGCCCAGCCGGCAUCCGCUGAGCGGGAGUCCUGCCGCGUGCGAACACCUAGAGGGUGGGGAAGGCGAGGCCAGGGCAGGAGUUCCUGGAUUAGCUCCCCUGUUUGGGGUGAAAUUUGGAGGUGCUGAAAUGUGAGAAGAGGAGUCAGAAUUGCGCUUUAUCUUCCCUUGCUGUUCUUCUUAGGAAGUAAUGACAGUACCUCGUACUUCCUGCCAGCUUUGCUGCUAUUCAGCUUGUUUCCAUUCUAAGCCUUGCUAUGAAGGGUUUAAGACUUGUUCUUAUGCUGUCUCUGACCUGGAGUUGAUUUAUGUACUUAUCCAUUAGGGUCUAUGCGGAUUUCAUGUCCUUUUUUUUAAUUAUUGGCUCAUAAACAUGUGUGUUGGUUUAUGGAACUUUACACUCCUCUAUCACACAAAAAUCGUUUCGACUUUUUACAGCUUAGUCUCUUCAUUUUUUUAAAGGUCUGUGGGGUUGGAAAGUAUUUGGUCUGUACCUGCCGGGUUUCAGACAGACGCUCCAUCUUCCUGUGCUGCUCGCCGCUCUGUUCCGGUUAGUAGUGAAAAGGUGACACGGCUUCCUGUGCGGGUGCAGUGAACCUAAAUCCCCAGUACCUGGGCACUGACUUAGAGCGAGUCCUAAGUGGCCUUUCGGGGAAGCACAUGGGACUGAGCGUGGCCUUCUUCCUGCACCUAAGACAGACUCAGGAGCGCAUCUGUCCACCAGAGGAACCAUUUGCCUAAACCAUGAACACCUCACUUUCUUAGGUCCUAAAGAACACUGGCAGUUACCCUUUUGAUUUGGUUUUAUUUUUAUGGUUUUAAGGAAAUAUUUUCAUUACCGUUAGGACCUUAAAAUCUAAAAAUCAAGUCGUUUUCUUUCAUCCCAGUCUUCUCUGUGGAACAAAUGGAAUUAAAUCAUGAGGUUUUGCCUUCAAUGAUAACUAAAACUCUGUAAUUUCCCAUUUACAUUUCUAUCUUUCAUGCAGUAUUUCUUUAAAGUCCCUCUCUUGCUUAGGAAAUAUGAAAAGCAGAAGUGAUUUUUGCUUAUUUGCUUAGCUGUUCAGUAUUUUCAGCUCUAUUGACUGGAGCAUAAUUUCAAUGAGGCCACUGAGAUUUGAGCCUGAAAAGGUUACUUUAGCUUUUUGCAGGUAGCAAACGAGAAACUGUCCUGAAAAAUCACGUGACCUGGUCAGCUGCUUCCCAAGUGUGUGUCCUGGGCCAUGAGGCCCAUGAGGCGGGUGUGUCUGAGGGGUGAGUGGCUCCAUCAGGUGACGACAAGGGUGCCUGUCACCACUUGAGAAGAGAAACUUCGUAUGUUCUUGUAUCAAAUUCAUAUUCUUACACAGUUUGCAUAGAAAUCAAAAGAUUGUCUUCAAAGCAGUGUUAGAUUGCAUACAGAGUGGUCAGCAUAUGAAAUUAAAAAUUGGUUUAAAAGAUCAUUUAGAUGCACUAUUUUGUUCCUUCAAUAAAUUUUUUUAAAUGUUAUUUUCCAUCGUCCUUGUUUUUGCUUAGUCUUCAGGAAAGCUUUGGUUGGAAAACCAUGAGGGGGCCACCUUGAGGACAUGAGGCAUCAGAGCCCCAGCAGGUGACAGUGCCUUCCCUGCUCUGGCACAAAGCCUGAGGCUAGCCCUGGGGCCAGGGCAGUGGGAUAACGUGUCUUUGUUAAGAUGAACCAAAUAGGCAAAAGGGGUUGUUUCCAUGAACUGGCAGAUAUUCUACCUUUUAAAUGAUUUUAAGAUAGAUGCGAUUUGGGAAGUGAAAUUUAUUCAAGUUUUUUUGAGGCAGGGACUCCCUUGUAGUUCAUGUUAGUUGGGUUUGUUUGUUUGUUUUUUUUGUUUUUCCGGGAUCAAACUCAGGUCCUUGCGCUUGCAAGGCAGGUGCUGGAACCACUGAGCUAAAUCCCCGGCCCGGGAAAUGAGAUUUAAUUGUACCCUUUAAUAAAUAUGUGGAACGUAAGCGAACCCGUCUUGGGCGAUGCCCAUGUUGAGCAUGUUUUGCUUUUCUUGCAUAGUGCAUUGCAUCAGAUACUCAUCCUGCCGAACUCCAAAGGCCUGAGGAGAAGCUGUCGGCUGCACCCGUGAGUCCUGCUUUCCACACUGCACAAGGUGCGGCGGUGCGGGGAGGGCAGCGCACCUUCUGUAGGACCCUGUGGUCGGUGCAGGUUCUUUAUUCCAAGUUCUUAGCUUCAUCUCUGUAUUUGAGUUCCUCUCCUCCCUCUGUGGUGUUAAAGUAUCUGUUAAUGAAAUAACACAUUAUCUGCUUUUUUUGCCUAAGCGAAAAGUCAGUUGUCUGGUUCAUAGCAUCAGCAAUCAAUGAAUGACCCAUUUUUUGGUGGUGCUGGAGACUGGACCCAAGGCCUCAUGCUGGUGAGACAGCUGCUGUGUGUGGAGCUGCAGCCCAGGAGAAGCGCUGCGGCUGCGUGCACUUGACCUUCACAGCGCUGCGGACCCAUCCUUCACUGUGGGCCACUGGAGCCCUCUGUUCUCUGAAACCAUCAGCUUCAUUGGUGACAAAAUUCACGGGAUUUAGGAUUAGUUCAUGAAAAUCCCAAUGCUCAGAAUGCCCCAACCUGGUCACUCACGCAUCUGCACAGCCGUGACUGACAGGAGUGUGCAGGAGGGGACAUUCUCUCGCGGCUGGAACCUGGGAGGCCUCCGGGCUCGCCUUCAGGCGCAUCUGGCCGAUUUCGGAGGAGCUUGGGGAUGCAUAUGAAGAGAAAACAGGCCCAGGAUGCAGCUCAGCGGUUCUGCUGCCUGCCUCGCAAGCACAAGGACCCGAGCUCAAUCCCCGGUACCAAAAGGAAAAAAAAAGAUGCAAUAGUCUCAGCCACUUGCAUUGUUUAUCAUCGUGACCUUAGUAUGGUGCAGGAAGGGCAUCCCGUGCGUAGCUAAGGAAACCUCUGACGGCUUCCGCGUGGAAACAGCUGCAGCCUGUGGAGGAGGUGGUCUGAGCACAGCCCACAGCGCAGCAGUCCUCCGUCUCCUGAAGCUGAUGAAACCCUGGAAGGUUGAGCAUGGGGUGGACCCUGCAUGCGACACAGCCGGCCCUCGGUGACCAGGUCACCUGGCGUCCUUGCACAGAUCCAAGGUCGGAUGUUUUCUGGCUUCAGGGGUCACUGCACUGGCAUGGGGAUGGGGUCGUGGUCUGCAGACUUACCGGACACUGGGUGGACUCGGGACGCGCAGCACUUCGGAAUAAAGCUGACGUGGGUAUCUCGCCCGAGUCGAGGAGGCCAUCUCUUGCUUCUAAGCAGGCCCUGCUUAAGGCAGAUCGGGGAGUGGGCGCUUGUCUUUCCAGACCUCUUGCUGGGUCUCAGGGCCUCACCGCGUGCCCCUCAGAACCUGACGGGAGCAGGCAGAGGCAGCUGCUGUCCCACUCUGCUCACUUGGAGCAUCUGUUCAAUAUGGGUGACUGGAGGGAUCCUGGUUUUUCCUUCACAUAAACUGGGGGCCAAGAUCGCUGGUGCUGCAUACCCACUGACGACAAGGGUAGGGCAGGCAGCUCCAAGAACGGCGCACAGGAAAAGCCCUGCGGCCACGGUGUAACUGGUCAUCACUGCCACCUAGAACUCCUCCUCCUGUGUGCCAGGCGUAUCACCUCUACAUGGACCUCCCAGAGGGACACAGGAUGUGGCUGUGCUAUCAUUCCCACGUUCAGAAUCACACAAGGUCAUGCCCUGGCUAAGCCAGGUCAGAGGGGAGGGAUUCUGAUCAUCUUCCCCUCUUGGCUUAGUUGACACCUUAUCCGUACACAAACGACUGAGCCUUCUUGAGAUGUUAAAUAUCCUUAGCUUGGGCCCUUUAGGGUCUGUGUCCUCAUAACCCCUUGCUCUAGGCACUGUGGUUUGACUUAAAGUCAUCUCCCUGAAGUUUCUGUCUAAAAUCAGGCCAGAAGAGCAGGCAGUUAAUGAUAAGACUUGGGUACCUGGCUAACCUGCUAACCUGAUGGGAGGUCUUUGUGUUGUGUCUGCUCACGAUGUUUCCACACUGAGGGCUCCUCAUUUUUUUUUUCAGUCUAAAAAUUUAAACUCACCUGUGCACUGUCACCCUCUGUAUGGACCAAACUCUUCCUAAAAAUGACAGUAGCCUGUACAUGUAGAUAGUACAGUGUGAUUGUGCCCUUCAGAGACCCAGGGACUCCUCCAUGACGUCGCCCCCAGCAUCCACACCUCGGCACCGUUGUCCUCUAGUGUGUAGUAGGUGCUCAGCUGGCUUCCUGGCUUUUUUUUUUUUUUUUUUUUGGUGC